AUGGAGUUCCCUUUCACGAGUUUUUUUAUUUCCUUAAAAUCUUCCUUUUCGACGUCCCAAGUGGAGUGCUUCGCAAUUGUGUGGUGGUUUGUGUGGUAUGCGCGUAAUGGGGUUAUUUUUCGCCAGGAAUCGUCUUCCCCUCGAAAGGUUGGUAUGAUGAUCAAAGCUUUUGUUCAUAAUCUUUCUAUUUCAGGAGCUGUGGGAGCGAAAGUGGAUUCUAGGUUGUCUCUCUUGGCAGGUCACAGAGGGAAGAGGUUUAUAAGGGACCAGGUGGUUUGGACCCCCCCGCCAGCUGAUUUCUUUAAGCUAAAUUUUGACGGGUCUAAGUUGGCAAGUGGGCAAGCAGCUUUUGGGUUUGUUAUUCACGAUUCUGAAGGCAUUAUUCAUUUGUGUGGUGCUGGGAACUUAGAUAAAGAUGCCUCUAUUUUAGAAGCAGAGGCUAGGGGUCUACGGGAAGGUCUUAGAGGGGCUAGGUCUCUUGGGAUUACCAAUUUAAUGGUGGAAGGUGAUAAUUUAGCUGUUAUUAAUGCAAUUAAGCAGGUUUGGAAGAUCCCCUGGACGAUACAUACCAUUAUUGUUGACACAGUGAAAGAUUUGGGCCUGUUUGAAGAUAUGCAAGUAAGUCAUGUUUUUAGGGAAGCUAAUGCGGCCGCAGAUUGGAUGGCUCAUCGUGGGCACUCAACGUUGUCUACAACCUAUUGGUUUGAUGUUCCUGAUUUAUCUUUCGCUGUAAUCAUCCGCAAGGAUGCUUUAGGGUGGCCCAAAUCUUGGGAUCCUCCCUAG